CGCCCGUCUUGCGUGGCCAAUGACGGCCCGGAAUAUCGAAUCAUUUCUCCCCGCGCUGGCCAAGCCACGAUCCCGGUCGCCAAGCAAGUGGAAGAGCAACAGAAGGAAGACGUGGGCAAAGCAUCCGUCAGGCAGGCUGCGGCGGCGGCGGCGGCGGUGGUUUAAGCCAGCAGAUCGACCCGGAGAGGCGUCGGCCGGUCCACGUGGAAACCGCGGAGCGCAAUUGAAAAGCUCGGCAGGAAGGCAACGCCGCCGGGACCCGCGAAACGCGUAGCAACCGAGGGGCCAGCAAGCGGAGCGCGAUCAAGCGCACCACCACCACCACACGCAUCCCGCCUAGAUCUGGGUGAAGCGCCCCGCUUCCCCCUAAGAUUUCCAGACAGGGAAGAAAGAACACGGAGGACGACUGACUGCCAGCCCAGGAAGACGGCCUCACAGGGGAAGCCACCAGCUUCUCCUGCUGCUCCAGCUUCUUGGGGCUUCUGACCCUCUGGAUGUUGAGUCCCAUUAUGGGUGAGCAUCAGGCCCACAUCAACAGCCUCUUCCUGAAUGAGGAGACAUCUAAGCAGCUUGAAUCGGGGAGCCGGGUGCAUCGUUUCCGCCAGGCCCUGGAGAAGCGGGCAGCACAUGCCAGGAAGCAAAUGUACAACAUCACUCGAGAGAGUGUCAAGGGCUUCUUCCAGAGAAAUGCUUUUGUGCUACUCACCAUCUUGGCUGUCCUGCUGGGGAUUACUCUGGCCCUCGCGCUGCGGCCAUAUCGGAUGACCUAUCGCCAGAUCAAAUACUUCUCCUUUCCUGGGGAGCUGUUGAUGCGAAUGCUGCAGAUGUUGGUUCUUCCACUAAUCGUCUCUAGCCUUAUCACAGGCAUGGCAGCCUUGGACAGCAGUGCCUCAGGCAAGAUGGGGCUGCGUGCUGUCAUUUACUAUAUGAUGACAACCAUCAUUGCCGUCUUCAUUGGAAUCUUUAUGGUCCUCAUCAUCCAUCCAGGAAAAGGGAGCAAGAAAGGCCUCCAAGGGGAGGGCAAGAUUGAUCAGGUCCAUGCAACGGAUGCUUUCAUGGACCUCAUCCGGAAUAUGUUUCCACCCAAUCUUGUAGAAGCCUGCUUUAGACAGUAUAAGACUCAAUACAGUGUCCGGGUUAUCAACAGAACGGUUGUGAGCAACACUUCUCCUGCGGCCAUGUUGCCACAGCACCCAAAGCGGGAUACCAACAGCAGCGGUUUCAACUACAAUGCCACCAUGGCCAGUUUGCCUCUUCUGCCACUUGAAAAUGCUUUGGGAGUCUGGAAUAAUGUCACUAACGCUCUAGGGAGCUUCCCGGAAGUGCUGAAUUUUGAGGAGGUCAUGCCCGGCCCGGGUUCUGUCAACGGGGUGAACGCCCUUGGCAUCGUUGUCUUCUCCAUCUGCUUCGGCCUGGUGAUUGGCAACAUGAAGCAAAAGGGACACCCCCUGCGGGAGUUUUUUGACUGCCUCAAUGAAGCCAUCUUGCGGAUGGUGGCAGUCAUCAUAUGGUACGCCCCUAUUGGGAUCCUCUUUCUCAUCGCUGGUAAGAUUUUGGAGAUGGAGGACCUGGCAGUGAUGGGAGGCCAGUUAGGCCUGUAUACGCUUACAGUUAUUGUGGGGCUCCUGAUCCACGGCCUCUGUGUCCUUCCACUCAUCUACUUCAUUGUCACACGGAAAAACCCCUGGAUCUUCAUGGCUGGCCUCCUACAAGCCCUCGUUACAGCCUUGGGAACAUCUUCCAGCUCAGCUACUCUCCCUGUCACAUUCCGUUGCCUGGAAGAAAACAACAGGGUGGAUAAACGAGUUACCAGGUUUGUUCUGCCGGUGGGAGCAACUAUCAACAUGGAUGGCACUGCACUUUAUGAAGCUCUGGCAGCCAUCUUCAUUGCACAGGUCAACAACUACGAGCUUGACUUCGGUCAGAUCAUUACUAUUAGCAUUACUGCCACAGCAGCCAGUAUCGGAGCUGCUGGCAUUCCGCAGGCGGGCCUAGUGACUAUGGUAAUCGUGUUGACGUCUGUCGGAUUGCCAACGGAGGACCUCACUUUGAUUAUGGCUGUGGACUGGUUCCUAGACCGUCUCAGAACUACCGUCAAUGUGCUGGGGGAUUCACUGGGUGCUGGUGUUGUAGAGCAUCUGUCUCGCCAUGAGCUGGAGAUGCAGGAUGCUGAGCUCAGCAACUCAGUCCUUGAAGAGAAUGAAAAACCAUACCAUCUAAUAUAUCAAGAGAAUGACACCCACAAGCACCUCAACAGUGAGACAGCAAUGUGACUUGGAGGAGCGGAGUGCUGUCGGGAUGGGAUCUGUAAAAUGUCACAACUAGAGAAGCAAGAGCCAGCCACAGUCCUCCCACAAACUCAGUUCAUUCGUUUUCCCUGUUCAUUUCACCAGAAAAAAAAUGAAUUUUUUUUCUAUAACAGUGAUUGUGGUCCUACAAUGAUGAUUUGACAGUAAGAGUUUGACCUCACCUAUCCUGCCUCUUAACCACAGCUGGUUAGUAUCCUGCACCAAGCCAACUCCACAUUUCCUUGCCAAGAAGAUGAACUUUGAACAUAUUGUGCUGUGCCAUAAAGACCAACUAAUUUAAAUUUUUGUGCUACAAUUUUACCGAUUGUGCUCAUUUUUGAAUUUUUUU